AUGGUCAAUUCAAACUUCCUCGUUACCGACGCCACCAUAUCAGAAAAUCGAGACUUCCAUGCUCUCGGCGAGAUUGGCUACUGGCGAUCUAAUGGCAUCCUAGCUUCCAUUUCCAAUCCGACUUCUCCGAUGGAUAUGUCAUCCAAACGAGUCUCCUGA